GGUCUCACGAUACUUUCCUCUCUGAGGCGGCUGUGUGGCCCCGUGUUUCAGUCCGGACGGAGUUAUUUCUGACAUUUGAAUGAAAAACAGUGCGUUUUACCUCCACUUUGGACAGAUGAAAUAAUGGCUUCAGCCUUGGAGCAGUUCGUGAACAAUGUGCGGCAGCUCUCCGCUCAAGGUCAGAUGACUCAGCUGUGUGAACUGAUCAACAAGAGUGGGGAGCUGCUAGCCAAGAAUCUGUCCCACCUGGACACCGUGCUGGGGGCCCUGGACAUCCAGGAGCACUCCCUAGGUGUGCUGGCUGUGCUGUUUGUAAAAUUUUCCAUGCCAAACAUCCCUGACUUUGAGACACUCUUUUCCCAAGUCCAGCUCUUCAUCAGCACUUGCAACGGGGAGCACGUUAGAUAUGCAACAGACACUUUUGCCGGCCUCUGUCAUCAGUUAACAAAUGCCCUUGUAGAACGAAAACAGCCAUUGAGGGGUGUCGGUGUCCUAAAACAGGCAAUAGACAAAAUGCAGAUGAACACAAACCAACUUACCUCAGUUCAUGCAGACCUGUGUCAGCUGUGCUUGUUAGCGAAGUGCUUCAAGCCCGUCCUGCCCUUUCUGGAGCAGGACAUGAUGGACAUCUGUAAGGAGAACGGUGCCUACGAUGCCAAGCACUUUCUAUGUUACUACUAUUACGGUGGCAUGAUCUACACAGGUCUCAAGAACUUUGAAAGAGCACUGUAUUUUUAUGAACAGGCAAUAACCACUCCAGCCAUGGCAGUGAGCCACAUUAUGUUGGAGGCCUACAAGAAGUACAUCCUUGUGUCCCUCAUCCUUCACGGCAAAGUGCAGCAGCUGCCCAAAUACACCUCACAGAUAGUGGGCAGGUUCAUCAAGCCCCUGAGCAACGCCUACCACGAGCUGGCCCAGGUGUACGCCACCAACAACCCUGCCGAGCUCCGCAGCUUGGUCAACCGACACGGCGAGACGUUCACACGGGACAACAACACAGGCCUGGUCAAACAGUGCUUGUCUUCCCUCUACAAAAAGAACAUCCAGAGGUUAACAAAGACCUUCCUGACACUGUCCUUACAGGACAUGGCCAGCCGAGUGCAGCUGUCUGGCCCCCAAGAGGCUGAGAAGUAUGUCCUGCACAUGAUUGAAGAUGGUGAGAUCUAUGCUAGUAUCAACCAGAAGGAUGGCAUGGUCUGUUUCCACGACAACCCAGAAAAAUACAACAACCCUGCUAUGCUCCACAAAAUUGACCAAGAGAUGUUAAAGUGUAUAGAGCUGGAUGAGAAACUAAAGUCCAUGGAUCAAGAAAUCACAGUAAACCCGCAGUUUGUGCAGAAGAGUAUGGGAACCCAGGAGGAUGAUGUCGGCAGCAAAACAUCAAGUUAUUCCUGAGGGCCAGGGUGAACGCUGCCUGAUAACAGGUUCUCAUUGGAUGAUACUUUUUUUUAAAGAGGAAAACCUACAAACAUUCUAUAGAGUAUGGACAUUGGUCAGGGAAAAUCUAAAUGUGUGGAAUGAUAAAUUUGGUUAUUUCUUCAUGGUGUCUUGAGGAAAACUUUAACGAAAAGAAAAAAAACUAAAUUUUGUCAGUGUUUUAUUUAUCAAUGUUCGAGUGGGAGAACCACUGCUGCAUCAACAACCACAAUAAUAAAAACUGGACUUAUUUGUUCAAAAAUU